AUGGGAGUGGUUGACGCGCAAGGCAUUGGAAUGGAAUGGCGCGACGCCCUUCAAGCACAGGCUGCACGUCGAAUCCCAAGUCGAGGGGAAUCCCAAGACCAAACGAACGAGAUCGAUGCGUCUUCAAGUGGUGUGCUAGCAGCCCGGGACAAACCACCAACGCGCCUUCGAAGGAAAGUAGAGGGGGUGAAUGAAAGCCAUGCCACGCCAUGCCAUGCCACACGACCAACGAAAAACCACACCAGGCGGAAUCCAUGUUCCUCUCAGGACCUGCCCACACUUCUGCCCUACUACAUGCCUCCAAUUGAUAUCUUGCCCUGGGCCUGUUUGUUGUUGUUUUUUUCGGGUUUCCUUUCUCCAUUCCUACCCAUCCUUAUCCCGCGGGCCACCGGCUGUAGACAUACCUAG